AUGGCAACGUCAGACGAUGAAACCGACCUGCUCACCCUCCUCGACGAGGAGCUCACCACCCUCCGCGGCGAGCUCCUCCGCUUGCAAGAAUCCCUCACUGUCAGCUUCGGGGACCGCUUGAACUGCGUCCACCAGAUCGCGAUGCACCGCAAGCGCUUGAGAGACGCCAAUUACAAUCCCAUCACCGGGACCACUCCUCUUGGCGCAGCCGAGACCGUCCCGGUUCAGGACCUCAUCUCGCGUCUCAACCAGACUACUAUAUAUCUCAGGGCCCUCGACGUGGACCGUGCGGAGAUGGGAGCCGACUGGCAGAGGAUAUCGUUUGAACUGGGGUAUGUCUUGAAGGAUAUCAAGGAGGAGGAGGAGAGGAUUGAGAGGGUCAGCAGGAUGACGGAGGAGGAGCUGGCGGAAGAGGCGAGGAAGGCCAAGGAGGAAGCUGAUGAGCACGAGGAGAUCAUGCGUAAGGUUGCGGAGUCAAACGCGCAGUGUGUUGAUCCGGGUGAAUUCGAUUUGUGGGAUCUUUGGUCUACCGACGAUGAGGAGGAGGGGGUUGAGGAGGAGGACAAGUCCUCCACCGAGACCGCUAUCAAAACCCCAAACGAAACCACCACAGAAUCCUCUACCGGCACCUCCGCUCAAACUGUUUAA